GACCCCAACAUAGUUGGGAAAAGGCUAGGCCAAUGAAUGACGCUUAAACAGCUAAAACAGGUGCAGAUUUACGACCGAUGUAAUGCUUUAAAGAAUUAUUUCGGGCGAAAACUUUAGUCGUAACGAGAGGAGGUAACUUAAUAAAAACGUUACAUAGCGGGCAGGGAUGCUGACUUCCUCGGUUCCUCUCAGAGAUUUCCGUGUAUUUCUGCAAAUCCAAGCAGUCACGUAGCCUGAAUAUAUUUUGAAUUAAGGUCAAACGGCAGAGAUAAGGUACGCCUCAAAUUACUUGAGCAUUCCAUUUAAUGGAUUGAACAGAUUCGUUCCUAAAGUCUUGAUAGAGGCAAGUAUUAUAGUGCGCUUACAAGGAAAAAAUCAUAUGACUAUCUAGGUCGAUCGGAAUUCUGUGUGACGUAAAUUGUUUGAUAUAAUCGAAAUAAAAAUACUUGUUUCAUUGAAAUAGUAUCAAGCCGUAGAAAAACUGCAUGACACUCAAGGGCGACAUUUUGCUCAGCGCUGUUCUAAUAAUAGUGCACCUGUCCCUAAUAUUUUUUCUGCGCUAUUUUGUGUCAAGCAUUAGUCUUACUUUACGCAAGUACCCCGGGUCGCAUUUGACUCCCUCGGCACCACUUAUAGGAUGCGCUUCGUUGCCAUUUACUACCUCUGUAAUUUAAGUCGAGAAAUUUCUAGAAGUCUAAUUAUAAGUCUCGGAGCAUUGCGGAAACUUUGUAAGGACAUCAGAACUUUGUGGAACUUUCGGAUAUAUUUUAUGAUGACUAAUGAAUUAAUGAAAAUUGAUGUUUGUUUUGAUCAUAUUCAAGUUUGAAAAUCAAAUUUACAAUGAGAAAUAGUCAGCUCGUUUGAACAUACUACUUAAUAUACGAAAAAAUGGAAUAUCUAACCUGAUCUGAAUGGAACUAAAAGUUAGAACAUAAAUUCUAGACGUAGUGCUUCGUAUUUUAAAAAGGUUCUUCCUCUAUCGUAUCCGGUCCCCCAGGCGAAAAGCGAUCUUGACGUAGGUAACGGUCUGUUAGUUUAGCAUAAAGUUUUUAACUUGUGGAUAUCGGUAAAGUUAGUUUACACUUGACAUAACGUACUUAGGUACCUAUCUGUUAUAUGAAGCUAUUAUUUUAUAUGUAUUUUUUGUCAUAAAAUUUGUUCAUAGCAUAUAUUGUAUGGUAUAAGUGUUUAUAGUAUUUGUCGGCAGGCGCUAGCGCAGGCGGGGCCCCGGGCGCGGCGUGCGGAGCGGGCGCAUGGCGCUGCUGUACCGCGCGACGCGGCUCAAGGACCGCGCCGACACGCAUGUGUUCACGUUCGUGGUCACGCGCUCCGCCACGCGCGAGCCGGACCGCGAUGUCACCUCCAAGGACUUCUGCUGCGCGCACCAGCGCUGGGCAGUCGCCUUUAGCCGAACUGAUGCCUCGCUUGGUGUAUACUUGGUUUGGCGAGGCGCGUGCGAUGGCAUGCGCGUUUACGUUGACUUUACUUUCACGCUCCUCAGUCGCGACCACUUCACAGCAAACGAGGGCUUUUCUGGCAAACAAGUGCGUUUCAGUGCCGGCUGUGCAGCCCAGGGUCGAGGGCGAUGCGUAUCUAUUGCGGAACUCAACACCAAAUUCGCGGACGCUCGCGGAGAAUUCCAACUGGAACUCAGCAUGUCACGAGUCCGCACCCUAUAUUCUUGCGAACUGCGCGCUCCGCGCCUAGACACACCUCCUAUAGCGUUUGCUGGCUUCGACUGGCAGGUAUCUGCCACCGGCGGUGGAGGAAAAGAGCCGUUAACUCUUCGUCUUGUAAGGUUGUCAGGAGAAGGACAACGCUGUCGCGUAAGAUACGCUCUUGCUCUCGGGGAGGGUGAAAGGAGACUCCACUCUGGACCUUUAGAGUGCGUUUGCGACGCUGACGGGCGAACACCACCAUGGAGUCCGAGGCCACCAUCGCGGGUCCUAGCCAAAGGAGUCCGGCUCACAGUAGAGCUAGUAUGGGCUCGUGCAAUAGCCGAGCUGGCCGUGCCGGCGGCGGGUCGCGCAGCCACGUGCUACGACCGCGACAAGCAGGCGUGGGCGGUGCGCUGCGACAUGCACUCUGACAUGGUGCGGCUGCACAUGCUGUAUCGUGACGUGCACCACGUGCCGCGCAACCACCUGCGCUAUGUGAGCUGGUCGGCCUGGCUGGUGCGCACCACCACCGCCGCCGGAGAGUCCGACGCUGAGGAGCUGCCCGGCGCACCCUUCGAGCAUUACUAUGCUCAAGAUAGUGCUGAUGAGGGUCUCAUGAUGGAGACUGCUCUUCGUGUCGAAGACAUGUCACGGCCCGGAAGCGCCUUCUUGCAUCCGGGUGGUGAACUACGUGUACGCCUCGAGUGGGGCGAUACUUACUUGCUCUUUCAAGCUACCUAUCACGUCUAUGACGACCUAUGUCGACUACACGCGCAUCAAAUGAGGCGUGAAAUUGCUGUUCUUCAAGCUGAGAACUAUUCUCUGGAGCGACAGCUGUUCAGCUACCAGAAGAGCCUUGCGUACGCGCAGGCGCAGGCGGGCGAGCCGGCGGCGGCGGAGCCGGGCGGGCGGCGCUCCCCGGCGGAGCGCUCGCUCUCCACUGACACGGAGUACGCGUGAGACGGGUUGGAGGACCUACCCUCGUCACCUUUGACGUCGCUCGUUCUCAACUCUUCUAUCUUUUCGACUGAUUCUGACGUUUUUGAGCGAUUUAUCUAUUUUUCUAGACGUUUUAUGGCGAGGUGCGCCCUCGUCCGCACCGCUUUCCGCCGGUCGCCUGCACUCUCGCCGCUCGACUCUAUCGAUAGCCGAUUAUUAUACUCGACUACUUUUCUAUUUGUCUGUACAUAAAAUAUAUUUAGAUAUUAUAUAUUAUGUAUAUUUCUUGACUUGAAACUCGAAUUCAUAUACUGCAACAGUCGAUUUAUGAAUAAAAAAAGUCCGUAUAAUAAAUUAAAAUUUUGUCUCUUUAUUUGUAGCUUUAUUCAUUAUCCCUUCCAUCUUCUAUCUAUAAUUUAAAUGCAAUACACCACAGUACUAAAAUACAACAAAAAAUAACAAUAUUUUCUAUGCUAAAAUAAUCAAGCAUGAGAAAUUGUUAAUCUUAUUUGCAAUACAUUAAAGCUAAUGUUUAUGUUUGUGUAUACCAUUUAUAGGGACGAAAAAGUAAUGAUAAAAUGUUGUUGCUCUAAUAAUGUAAAUUUUUUGGUCUUUGUAU